AUGCUUCGAGAAAAUAAUGUACCGUAUUUUCACGAGAAUGCGUUUGGUUCUCAAGGAGGUGAAUCCCCACAAAAGGAUGAGACCCAAAACCAUUUGGCGAUGGUGAAAGCUCAAGUUGAAGAAGUGGUUGGAAUCAUGCAAGUAAAUGUGGAAAAAGUACUGGAAAGGGAGCAACAUCUGGCAUGCUUGGAUAAUCGAAGCGAAGCCUUGCAGAUGGGUGCAACACAGUUUGAAAAACAAUCCAAGAGAGUAAGGCGAAAAGCUUGGUGGCAACAUCGAAAAAUGAUGUUCUACAUUUGUGUGAUGACUCUCAUUAUGAUUGGUCUUAUUGUUGUGAUUUACCGUUAUUCUGGUGAAAAGUAA